AUGCUAGUCCGCUCGCGUCGCUCGCGCUCACCGCGAUCGCCCUCCGCCUCAUCGUCCUUCUUCACCUCGUGGACCGUCGGCUCGCUCAUCACCACGCUCGUGCUCGCCUGGUGCGUCGUCUGCGCCAGCGGCCAAGCGCCGCCUCCCGCCGACGGCGAGGACAUCAUCGGCAUCGACCUCGGCACGACGUACUCUGCGGUGUCCGUCUACAAGAACGGAAAGUUUGAAAUCAUCGCCAACGACAUGGGCAAUCGAGUCACACCCUCCUACGUCGCCUUCACCGACCAAGAGCGACUAGUCGGCGACGCAGCGAAGAACCAGGCGUCGCUCAACCCGACCAACACCCUGUACGACGUCAAGCGGCUGAUCGGACGACUCUUCUCUGACGCUACAGUGACGGCGGAUCGCAAGCUCUGGCCGUUCGAGGUGGUCAAGGCGGCGGCCGGCGGCAAGCCCAAUGUGCUCGUCUCGCAGGGUGAGACCACCAAGUCCUUCGCACCAGAGGAGGUGAGUGCGAUGAUCCUCGGCAAGAUGAAGGAGACGGCAGAGGCGUACCUCGGACACCCAGUGAACAAGGCGGUCGUCACUGUUCCAGCCUACUUCAACGAGGGCCAGCGGCAGGCGACCAAGGACGCCGGCACCAUUGCUGGUCUCGACGUCGUGAGGAUCCUGAACGAGCCGACAGCGGCGGCGCUCGCGUACGGCCUCGACAAGGACGCCGGCGAGAAGACCAUCCUCGUCUUCGACCUCGGCGGCGGCACGUUCGACGUCUCGCUCCUCGGCAUCGACUCUGGUGUGUUCGAGGUGCUCGCGACGGCCGGCGACACACACCUCGGCGGCGAGGACUUUGACAACCGCGUGAUGAAGCACAUGCUCGGCCUGUUCCAGAAGCGGCACGGCGUGGACGCGUCCGGCGACAAGGCGGCGGUCCAGAAGCUGCGCCGCGAGGUGGAGCGCGCCAAGCGCGAGCUCUCGUCCAAGCACGAGGUCCGGCUCGAGAUCGAGUCAUUCGCAGGCAGCAUCGACUUGUCCGAGACGCUGACGCGAGCGCGUUUCGAGGAGUUGAACUCGGACCUCUUCAAGAAGACCCUCGAGCCAGUCAAGCAGGUCCUCGCGGACACCUCCCUCUCGAAGAGCGAGAUCGACGAGAUUGUCCUCGUCGGCGGGUCGACCCGCAUCCCCAAGUCGGAUCCGACCGCUGCGGCCGUCGGUUCCACAGUCGAGAUCCGCUCUCUCGUCUCGCGGCCCUCGAUGAACGGCAAGGUCGGCGUCGUCGUCUCCGCGAGCGCUUCGACGGCCCGCUUCGGCGUGCGCGUGGCGGGCGAGGCCAAGGCCCUCGCACUGAGGCGCGCUAUGCAAGGGCCGGCCAACCUGCAGCCAGCGGCCGAGGCGGUGGCGGUGGGCAGGCUCAUCCUCAAGGCGGCGGAGUGGUCGCCGCAGUCGCACAAGCUCUUCCCAACAGCGGCUCGCAAGCGGGCGGUCGAGGUGAUGCGGCUGGGCUACCUGGUCGCUUGGGACGAGGAGCGCUUCGACAGCCGCGAGGGAGCGGCUCCGGAGCUGGCGGACAUCUGGCGCGGCUUUGUGCUGCCAAGGGUGGUGGCGCGAUGA